AUGGACCCGGAGACCAAACUGCGAGAGUCACACGAUGUCAGUCAGGAGUUGCAGCGCAAACUGGAGGGACUGGCAGAUGUCGAACGUGCCUUUGUGCAUGUGGACUACGACUACCAUCAUGAUGUCAACGAAGAGCAUAGGCCUCUAUAUGAUGCUGAUGGGACGGGCUCAUCGAUCCGGGAACUGGUGAAACGACUCUGGACCCGAAAUGAUAAGAAUGACCAGGGAAGUGCGGUGUAG